CGGAAGUGGGCUCGGGCCCGGGGUUCCCGCUCUCGGCUGAGGACCGUCGCCACGGUGGCGGCCACUGCAUCUCCUCCCACCUCCGCGGCGCUGGGCGCCGUGGUGUCGACGGGUCCCGAACCUAUGCCCGGCCAGAGCCAGCCGGCGGCCGGGUCGUCGGCCUGGAGCACGGUAUUCCGCCACGUCCGGUACGAGAACCUGGUAGCUGGCGUGAGCGGCGGGGUCCUGUCCAACCUGGCGCUGCAUCCGCUCGACCUCGUGAAGAUCCGCUUCGCGGUGAGUGAUGGACUGGAACUGAGACCAAAAUAUAAAGGAAUCUUACACUGCUUGACUACCAUUUGGAAAGUCGAUGGACUUCGGGGACUUUAUCAAGGAGUAGCCCCAAAUGUGUGGGGUGCAGGCUUGUCCUGGGGGCUCUACUUUUUCUUUUAUAAUGCCAUCAAAUCAUAUAAGACAGAAGGAAGAACUGAAGGAUUAGAGGCAACAGAAUAUCUCAUCUCGGCUGCUGAGGCUGGAGCCAUGACCCUCUGCAUUACAAACCCAUUGUGGGUGACAAAAACUCGCCUUAUGUUACAGUAUGAAGGUAUUGUUAAUACCUCACCACGACACUACAAAGGAAUGUUUGACGCACUUGUGAAAAUAUAUAAGAAUGAAGGUGUGCGUGGAUUGUAUAAGGGUUUUGUUCCCGGGCUCUUUGGAACGUCACAUGGUGCCCUUCAGUUUAUGGCAUAUGAAUUGCUGAAGGUGAAAUACAACCAGCAUGUCAACAGAUUACCAGAAGCCCAGUUGAGCACAGCAGAAUAUAUAUCUGUUGCAGCAUUGUCCAAAAUAUUUGCUGUGGCAGCAACAUAUCCAUACCAAGUUUUGAGAGCCCGUCUUCAGGAUCAACACAUGUUUUAUAGUGGUGUAAUGGAUGUAAUCACAAAGACAUGGAGGAAAGAAGGCAUUGGUGGAUUUUACAAAGGAAUUGCUCCCAAUUUGAUUAGAGUGACUCCAGCCUGCUGUAUUACCUUUGUAGUAUAUGAAAAUGUCUCCCAUUUUUUACUUGACUUUAGAGGAAACAAAGUAAGCUAAAAGAAAAUAAUUCCAAUUUCUCUGCCCAGAUCACAAGUUCCUUUGUGUUUGAGUCAUGAAACUGAGAAGAGUGCUGCACAAACAAAUAGCUCAUAAUCAAAAUUUAUCUAUAAUCAUUAGAAGUCAAAGAACUGCCAAGUCUUCUUAAUGUUUCCUGCUUCUUUGCUUCUCCAUAUAUGUGGGACUGGGCUACCUCUAACUGUAAUGCCUGCUUCAGCAUAAUGUUAAAACUGGAACAAUGUGUAGAAUUUCACAAAUUUUACCAUUUCAUUGUUCCAGUAGAAACUACUUGGCAACAUUUGUAAAUAAGAUUAGAUAAAUACUUUUUUUCUGAGUUCUUUUGCCUACAUAGGCUUUAAAAUUGACUUUUGUGCAAUAGGAAGAAAGUGGCUUCUUACAAGAUUGUCAUUAUUUAAGGAUAAACUGAAUAAGGUAUUGCUCAAAUCCAGACCAUUUUGAAUGGAGACAUUUUAGUGAGAUUAAAAACUACUGAAAAUUUACUGUAGUUUUAAUUUAACCAAAGCACACUAUGGAAAUUGAAGAAGUUACAUACUUCUCUGAGAAAUGCCUAACAUCUUUCUGCUAAUGUUUUCCCCCAGAGGCUCUUCUAUAACUUAAAAUGUAACCUUGGAUCCAGUUCUUUUUUGGUCCUAAGUAGUGUAGUUCAAAGUUAUAAAAUCUGAAUUUCUAGGAUCCAGUAUGUCAGCCUUUAUUUAGCAUAUAUGGUAUAAAUUACCAGAGAUGAUAAAUAGAUCAUGUUUCACAGAUGCUUGAAUGUUUGAGAUGUGUUUAUUUAAAA